AUGUCAUCUCGACCUAUAACUAUAGUGUCCUCUAGACGGAGCACAGGGCUCGACUACGAUGGGUUGAGGAUUCACAGCACUCAGCUCUCCUCACAGGCCAAACUCCCGCUGGAGGAGGACAGGGAGUCUGGCAUCGGCUCCACACUUGACAUCAGCAGCAGCAUUGAGGGCAACAACCAACAUACCAAUCACCACUCCAGUACAACUUCACUCAGGGAGGCAGACAGACUCCCUAAAGAGAAAGAUAGCUCUCCACAGGCCACAGCAGUGAGUCCAAACAAAAUCAAGCAUCUCCUUAUAAAUCUAUCCAAGAUCCCUCUCCUCUUCGUCCUCCUCUUCUUCUUUGUUUGCUCCUUGGACACACUGAGCUCUGCCUUCCAGUUAGCAGGGGGUAAAGUGGCAGGGGACAUUUUCCAGGACAAUGCAGUGCUGUCUAACCCUGUGGCAGGGCUGGUGGUGGGGAUCUUGGUGACUGUGCUGGUCCAGAGCUCAUCCACCUCCACCUCCAUCGUUGUUAGUCUGGUGGCCUCUGGACUGCUAGAAGUGAGGUCGGCUGUUCCAGUCAUCAUGGGGUCCAAUAUUGGGACUUCAGUAACAAACACCAUAGUGGCCAUGAUGCAGGCAGCACAGAGGACCGAGUUUCAACGUGCCUUUGCCGGGGCAACAAUCCACGACUGCUUCAACUGGCUGUCUGUCCUGGUCCUGCUGCCGCUGGAGGUGGCGACUGGCGUCAUGACCCGGCUGUCGCACCUGCUCGUUACCAGCUUCCGGCUUCAGCCUGGGGAGGAAGCUCCUGAGCUGCUCAAGGUCAUCACCGAGCCAGUCACCAAGCUCUUUAUACAGCUGGACAAGUGUGUGAUCACGGGGAUCGCCAUGGGAAAUGAGGACAUGAGGAACAGGAGCCUGGUGAAAGAAUGGUGCCAGGCUGACCUUGUUAUGACGACUGGCAAUGUGAGCACUGAAAACUGUGGCCCCAGUCCGAACAUGUCCCACACGCCACUGAAGUGCAGGCAUUUGUUUGUGUCUACCGAGCUGUCAGACCUCAGUGUGGGCCUGAUUCUCCUGGCAGGCUCCCUGGCUGUCCUCUGCACCUGUCUGCUGCUUCUGGUCAAGCUGCUCAACUCUCUUCUUAAAGGCCAAGUAGCAAAGGUCAUCCAUAAAGUUAUCAACACAGACCUGCCAUAUCCGUUUGGAUGGCUGGCAGGAUUUAUGGCCUUGUUUUUGGGUGCAGGGAUAACAUUUCUGGUCCAAAGUAGCUCUGUCUUUACUUCAGCCAUGACUCCCCUUGUAGGUAUUGGUGUGAUCAGUCUGGAGCGGGCCUAUCCUCUCACCCUUGGGUCCAACAUCGGCACAACUGCCACAGCCCUGCUGGCAGCUCUGGCCAGUCCCGGGAACAAGCUACCAGCAGCCAUACAAAUUGCUCUGUGUCACCUCUUCUUCAACGUCUUUGGCAUUCUGCUGUGGUAUCCCCUUCCCUUCAUGCGUCUGCCGAUAAGGAUGGCUCGUGUCCUGGGUGAGCGCACUGCCAAGUACCGCUGGUUUGCAGUCUUGUACCUUCUCCUUUGCUUCUUGCUCCUGCCCUCGCUGGUGCUGGGCCUCUCGCUGGCAGGCUGGCGGGUGAUGGCUGGCGUCGGGGGUCCUUUUCUGGGUGUGACCAUCUUCAUCGCCAUGGUAAAUGUGAUGCAGGCCCGCAGCCCCGGUCACCUGCCCGCUAAGCUCCAGACUUGGGACUUCUUGCCCCAGUGGAUGCACUCUCUCAAACCGCUCGACCGCUUAAUCACCAAGGCAACUGUCUGCUGCAGCUUCACAUGCGAGGAAGAGCAGGGAGAAGAAGAGGAGCACAUCUCGACACAGACCACCUCUAUCGACCUGAAGAAAGAGUCCGCCCAGAGGAAGGCAGAGCUGGCUUAUGACAACCCAGUCUUGGAUUACCUGGAUGAGAGCAGACCAGGUGUACGGGUUCUUAAAUUAAAAGGAUUAGAGAGGUGUAACAGCACUCCACUGUAGUCAAACAGAUAACAGAGGGCUAUUUUCUACUCCAUUUUGUCAAUAUUGUGGGAAGAAUGAAAUUGAUAAAACCAUUCUAUAAUGCUUUGGAAAUUAACAGAUUUCUCAUUAUUGAUUGAUUGAUAAUUAGAGAGAGACUCCCAAUGCCAGGAUAAAUAUCAUGAGCUCAGUACGAGAUUUUAACCGCCAAUACAUCAAGUGAGAAUUGACUGAGCUCUGCAGCUGGUACCAGACCAGCUGCAACAGCCAUCUAUAAGCUGUUAUUCCCAUGCUUGAGUCUCAAAACUCAUGAUGAAGAAGGGGGAAAAAGUCACCUCAAGGUCCAUUAAGUAGCUGUUCUGGAUCUUUCUCUCAUAUUAUAUGAUCUUCAUUAGCAGAUAGAGUAUUUCAAUUGUCAAAUGUACAUUAC